CUGAAGAGUGAUUUUUAAAAAUGCUUACUUGCCUUCUCAAUUAUUUACUCCUUUAAUGGAAUUUAUCAACAGACUGGAGUCCUUAGCAGGAUUAUAACUGUGUAGAGGAUGUUGGAAAUGGACACAUUGAGUUAGCUAUGCCAGAGAUAUGCAUGCGUAGGCAGUAAAUCGAAGACAUUUGAGUGGUGAGUUACAUGGCAUUUGGAAACACCACUGUCCAUCUCAAGUGAGCAGAAUAACCCUCCAGUAUUUCAUCAUUAGCUUGCUAGAAGCAGGAGGGCUAUGUUCCUGGGACCCAGGCUUUUUCCUUGCCUUAUGCUCUGGUUUGUGGUUACCAGCAGACUGUCAGGACACCAUGGCCUUGCAUCUUCCAAGCUCCAGCGGUGCAUGUGCCUCCUGGCCCUUCUGUCUCUUCUGCAGCAGGUGUGGGCAUUCCCCUACAAGAUAGGGGUGGUGGGCCCUUGGGCUUGUGAUCCGUUGUUCUCAAAGGCCUUGCCUGAGGUUGCUGCUGGAUUAGCAAUUGAGCGAAUCAACCAGGAUCCUUUGUUUGACGGGGGUUAUUCUUUUGAAUAUGUGAUUCUCAAUGAAGACUGCCAGACUUCGAGGGCCCUCUCCAGUUUUAUUUCCCACCACCAGAUGGCCUCAGGAUUUAUUGGACCUGCCAACCCUGGCUACUGUGAGGCAGCCUCCCUCCUGGGAAACAGCUGGGACAAAGGGAUUUUCUCUUGGGCUUGUGUGAAUUACGAAUUAGACAAUAAAAAUAGCUACCCGACCUUUUCUCGGGUACUCCCUUCUCCAAUCCGGGUGCUUGUAACUGUCAUGAAGUAUUUCCAGUGGGCUCAUGCUGGAGUCAUUUCCUCAGAUGAAGACAUUUGGGUGAAUACAGCCAAUAGAGUCUCAAGUGCUCUUCGGAGCCAUGGCCUACCUGUAGGGGUCGUCCUGACUACAGGACAAGACAGCCAAAGCAUUCGGAAAGCUCUCCAGCAGAUUCACCAGGCAGACCGAAUUUGCAUAAUCAUCAUGUGUAUGCAUUCAGCUUUGAUUGGGGGAGAGACCCAGAUGCGCCUCUUGGAAUGGGCUCAUGAUCUGAAAAUGACCGAUGGAACUUAUGUGUUUGUUCCCUAUGAUGCCCUGCUGUACAGUUUACCUUAUAAGCAUACCCCCUAUCAGGUCCUGAGGAACAACCCAAAGCUACGGGAAGCCUAUGAUGCUGUCUUGACCAUUACAGUAGAGUCUCAAGAAAAGACCUUCUAUCAAGCUUAUAUGGAAGCAGCAGCUAGCGGUGAAAUUCCUGAGAAGCCAGAGUCAGAUCAAGUUUCACCGUUGUUUGGAACCAUCUACAAUUCGAUUUACUUUAUCGCACAAGCUGUGAAUAAUGCUAUGAAAGAAAAUGGACGGGCUAGUGCUGCCAGCCUGGUUCAGCAUUCCAGAAACAUGCAGUUCUUUGGAUUCAACCAGUUGAUAAGGACAGACUCAGAUGGAAAUGGAAUUUCAGAAUAUGUAAUUCUGGACACCAACUGGAAAGAAUGGGAACUCCAUAGGACCUAUACUGUGGAUAUGGAAACGGAGCUGCUACGGUUCGGAGGGACCCCUAUUCACUUCCCGGGUGGCAGGCCUCCUAGAGCAGAUGCAAAGUGCUGGUUUGCAGAAGGGAAGAUCUGCCGAGGAGGCAUCGACCCCGCCUUUGCCAUGAUGGUCUGCCUUGCUUUGCUUAUAGCUUUGCUGUGUAUUAAUGGAUUUGCUUACUUUAUAAGGCGUCAUAUAAAUAAGAUCCAGUUGAUUAAAGGACCCAACAGAAUCCUACUGACUUUGGAAGAUGUGACAUUUAUUAAUCCCCACUUUGGCAGUAAGAGAGGAAGUCGUGCCAGUGUAAGCUUCCAGAUCAUCUCAGAGGUUCAAAGUGGGAGAUCCCCCCAGCUCUCCUUUUCUUCAGGGAGUCUAACUCCAGUUACUUAUGAAAAAUCCAACAUAGCAAUUUAUGAGGGUGAUUGGGUGUGGCUGAAAAAGAUCCCUCCUGGAGAUUUUGGAGACAUUAAGUCCAUCAAAUCAAGCGCAAGUGAUGUGUUUGAAAUG